AUGAUUCAAAUUUAUGGUUGGAUCGAUCCUAAAAAUCGAUCUUGGAUCCUCAAAUCGGAACCGAAACCGGUCCUCGGUCACAGACCUAUAUUCAGAGAAUUAUUACCUGCCGCUUCGAAUACUUUACGUCCAUAUUUAGCGGCUGUCAGAUCCACUUUAACUGCUGCACUUUGUGUAGAAAAUUUUUCUUCUCAAGUUGCAGAACGUCAUAAUAACCCUGAGGUUGAAGCUAGAUUAUCAUCAUCGGAAGUCGUAGUUAAUCCUUUAACAAUUAGUAGAAAUAAACAUGAAAAGGUUUUGAUAGAACCUUCUGUUAAUUCAAUUCGUGUUAGUAUCAAGAUUAAACAAGCCGAUGAAAUUGAAAGAAUUUUAUGCCACAAAUUUACUAGAUUUAUGAUGAUUAGAGCUGAAAAUUUUAUAAUCCUUAGAAGGAAACCAAUUAUUGGAUAUGAUAUUAGCUUUUUGAUUACCAAUUUUCACACAGAACAAAUGUAUAAACAUAAGUUAGUUGACUUCAUUAUUCAAUUCAUGGAAGAAGUUGAUAAAGAAAUUAGUGAAAUGAAAUUAAGUCUUAAUACUCGCGCUCGUACUGUUGCUGAAUCAUAUUUACUUCAA